ACCCCGAGACCACAGCCAGUCCUGGCCUAGGCCUUGCCCGUCGGCCCGGAUCCACCAUGGGCUCCAGGCUGCUCUGCUGUGUGGCCCUCUGUGUCCUGGGAGCAGGUCCCUUGGACACAGCAGUUUUCCAGACUCCAAAAUACCUCAUCGUGCAGGUGGGGAAUGAGGAAUCCCUACGUUGUGAGCAAAAGCUGGGCCAUAACGCUAUGUACUGGUAUAAGCAGGACUCCAAGAAGUUGCUGAAAAUUAUGUUUACCUACCGUCUUCAGAAGCUUAUUCUAAAUGAAACAGUUCCAAGUCGUUUCUUACCUGAAAAUCCUAGCGAAGAUCUUCUGAAACUUCAGGUCAACUCCAUGGAGCCAGGUGACUCUGCCGUGUAUUUCUGUGCCAGCAGCCUAGACACAGCCUUGCAAAGUCACGGCCUCCCUGUGCACAAACCCACCCCGCUGGCCCAGCCAGGAACCUGUGGAAACAACAUGAUCACUGGAGCUCUCUUCAUCUCACUGGGAGACCCAUAUUGGGGUUUCAUCUGCAGUACAGCCCAGGGUACCCAGUGGGGUAGUUCUACAGUCUAUAUGCUAGAAGUCUCACUGAAUUCUACUCAUCAGCUAGACUCCCAGGGAACCUAUCUGAGGCAUAACAGGGAGGAAGGACCAUCCCUGGGGGAUGGGGAAACUGUCAGGGACAGUGACAUCACAAGCAGAUCGACCAACCAAGGCCCAGGAGACCAGAGCACGGCCCCCUGCCAGGACAGCCUAGUCACAAGGCCACUGGGCCCUGAGGCCACCAUCGGAGGCUGGCUGCUCUGCUGUGUGGCCCUCUGUCUGCUGGGAGCAGUCCGCAUGGACACUGGCGUUACUCAGACACCAAGGCACCUAGUCAUGGGGAGGACAAGUAGGAAGUCUGUGAAAUGCGAGCAACACCUGGGACAUAAUGCUAUGUAUUGGUAUAAACAGCGCGCUCAGAAGCCUCCAGAGCUCAUGUUUGUCUUCCAGUUAAAGAAACUCGUUGAAAAUAUGACUGUGCCAAGUCGCUUCUCACCCAAUUGCUCAGACAGCUCUCAGUUAUACCUGCACCUGGAUGGCCUGGAGCCAGAGGACUCGGGCGUGUACCUCUGUGCCAGCAGCAAGGACACAGCCUUGCAGAGUCACCUUCUCCCUGUGCAGAAACCUCCUGGGUCCAGCCCGGAAGCUGUGGGGCGACCACGAUGCGGCUCAGCAUUUCCCGUGAGACUCUCAACAGAAAUCUCAGAGCAGGAUGCUCCCUGUCAAUGUACUGAACAUGGCAACGCUCAGUGUCCUGCACACAAACCUCCUGGGGCCUUGCCUGUCCUUGUCCUGAACAAGACUGUACCUGGACAGAAAUGUUGA